UUCAAAAUGCGUCUGCUUUGGUUGCUCGCCACGCUGGUGGCUCUCGCAAGUGCUGGAAUCCUUAAGGAUUCUCCCAAGGAGCGUUAUGACGACUUUAGGGUAUACAAAUUGACUAUUGAGAAUAAAAUCCAACUGGCAGCGAUUGAAAAAAUUGGUGAGCUGACAAAGAAGUACAAUGUCUGGAAGGAGUAUGACGAGCGGUCCAGGCAAAUGGACAUUAUGGUUAGUCCCGGGGAGCAGAAGCACUUCCAGGAGCUCCUGAAGCUAAAUAACAUCACCAGUGAGCUAAUGAUCGAAAAUGUCCAAGAGCGUAUCGACGAGGAGCAAGUCACGGCGACCGCAGAUAGCGCCACCUUUGGCUGGACGAAGUACUAUGAGCUGGAGGAGAUUGAGGCCUGGCUGGAUGGAAUACUGGCCGCCUAUCCCUCGGUGACCGAAGAGUUCAUUGUGGGCCAAUCCUACGAGGGUCGCACCAUUCGCGGCAUCAAGAUCUCCCACAAGGCCGGCAAUCCAGUCAUUUUCAUCGAGUCGAACAUCCAUGCCAGGGAGUGGAUUACUUCAGCCAGUGCCACUUGGUUCAUCAAUCAGCUUUUGACCUCGGAGGAUCCGGAUGUACGGAAUCUGGCCGAUAACUAUGACUGGCACAUAAUACCCGUCUUUAAUGUGGAUGGCUUUGAGUUCUCGCACAAAAAGGAUCGCAUGUGGCGCAAGACCCGCCAGCCACAUGCCACGAAUGCCUGCAUUGGAGCCGAUGCCAACCGGAACUUCGACUCCCAUUGGCUGGAGAACAGUGGAGCCUCUUCGAAUCCCUGCAGCGAGACCUUUGCUGGGGAUACGCCUUUAUCUGAGCCAGAGGCUAAGGCCCUUGCCGAUUACCUGACCGCGAACAAGGAUGAAAUUAGUGUGUACAUAUCCUUCCACUCAUACGGACAAUAUCUGCUCUCCCCAUACGGACACACCGACACGGAGUUCCCAGAAAACUAUGACGAUAUUCUGACCAUUGGCAAGGCAUUUGCCGAUGCCAUCGAAGCACUGCCAUAUGGCACUGUCUACCAGUAUGGAUCUACAGCUGAUGUGCUUUAUGUGGCCACUGGAACCUCUGUGGACUGGGUGUUCAACGAACUGGACAAGAAGAUCGGCUACACCAUCGAAUACCGAGACAAGGGACGUUACGGAUUUAUCCUGCCCCCUGUGCAAAUCAUUCCCAAUUGCGAGGAGCUGAUGGUAGGAAUGCUGGCUUUGAUUGAAAAGACCAAGGAGUUGGGUUACUUCGAUUAAGAGUACGUUUUAUUUGCAAUGAGUGAGCUGUUUACUCAUUUUCAUUAAAAUACUUCAUGUAUGAGGCCAGCAAA